UGGAAAAAAAAAUCACAAUCGUCGUCACGCGUUCCUCUGGCAAAUCUCACUUGUGAUUGGCCCACGAUGCGGAAAUGCCACUGCGACCAAUCACAGACGCGUACUCACCGACUCAACAUGGCAGCUCUCUGAGUUUUGCAGGAAGCAACCUAGUGUAAAUAAAGCGUAGUUUGACGUUUUACCAGCAGCGACAGCGUCCGGGCGCCUUUCCUGAGGACCAGUCGGACCGGAAGGGUAAAAUGUCGAGUGACGGAAACAAAAAACAAUUCUGGAAAAGAAACGCGGCGAAGGUUCCCGGCAGCAUUCAGCAUGUGUAUGGCGCACAGCAUCCACCUUUUGACCCACUUCUUCACGCUAAUUUUUCUUCUUCCCGUUUUUCUAGUUUGAUUAAAGCAGGGCCGCGACCGUCUCCUGCCACGCCGGGCAAGCCCAAGAAGGCCACCACGUUCCAGGAGUUUGAGAGCAUCACGAGCGAUGCCUGGGACGUCGGGGAUGACGAUGACGAGCUGCUGGCCAUGGCCGCGCAGAACCUCAACAUCGAGGUCGUUAUGGAGACUGCCAAUAAGGUGAUUGAGAAUCACAGCAAGUUGCAGGAGAGACAAAAGCUGGAUGAUCCAGCUGAAUUGCCCCAGAGGGACGACGACGUGCAAGAUGAGGAGGAGGCGGUGGACGACGACGAGGAAGACGAGGAGGGAGAUUUGACCAGUCCGGAGGUUUCAUUCUCUUUCCAAGGUAGCCUGGACACUGAAGGUCGCCUGGUGAAAUCCCACAGCGAAGCUCCCAUUGGAUCACCGAAAGAUGCAGCGGGUGAGCACGCGGCCCUCUACAGACAGCGCUCGCUGCCCCACCGGCCGGUCAUCCCACUUGUGGCGCGCAUGGCCGACCAGAACACAUCGGGCACUCCAGCCAUGACGGAAAGGGAAGCGUCACGUCUGGAUAAAUUCAAGCAGUUGUUGGCUGGCCCCAAUACAGAUCUUGAAGAGCUUCGGAAACUCAGCUGGUCUGGAAUCCCGCGACAAGUCCGACCAAUCGCGUGGAAGCUCCUUUCGGGUUACCUGCCAGCCAAUGCUGAGAGGAGAGAGAACGUCCUGCAGAGGAAGCGACAGGAGUAUUUUGGCUUCAUCCAGCAAUACUACGACUCCCGCAAUGACGAGCACCAUCAGGACACGUACAGACAGAUCCAAAUAGACAUUCCUAGGAUGAGUCCCGAGUCUUUGGUGCUACAGCCAAAGGUGACAGAGAUUCACAUUGACAUACCGAGAACUAAUCCUCUUAUUCCUCUUUUUCAACAAGCUUCUGUCCAAGAGAUAUUUGAACGGAUCCUUUUCAUCUGGGCCAUCCGCCACCCGGCUAGCGGCUACGUACAAGGCAUCAACGACCUGGUAACGCCCUUCUUCGUGGUCUACGUCUUUGAGUACAUCGAGGAAGAAGUGGAAAACUUUGACGUGUCCAGUCUCCAGGAAGAGGCUCUGAGGAACAUUGAGGCUGACAGCUUCUGGUGCAUGAGCAAACUGCUGGACGGCAUCCAGGACAACUACACGUUUGCGCAACCGGGCAUCCAGAGGAAAGUCAAAGCCCUGGAGGAGCUGGUCAGCAGGAUUGAUGAGUCGGUGCAUCAUCACAUGCAGCAUUACGAGGUGGAGUACUUGCAGUUUGCCUUUCGCUGGAUGAACAACCUUUUGAUGCGGGAGCUGCCACUACGCUGCACUAUUCGACUCUGGGACACCUACCAGGCCGAACCGGAGGGUUUCUCCCAUUUCCAUCUCUACGUCUGCGCGGCCUUCCUGGUGAGAUGGAGAAAAGAGAUUCUAGAGGAGCGAGACUUUCAGGGCCUGAUGAUUCUACUGCAGAACCUUCCCACCAUGCACUGGGGCAACGAAGAAGUCAGCGUGCUGCUGGCUGAGGCCUACCGGUUGAAGUUUGCUUUCGCCGAUGCCCCCAACCACUACAAGAGAUGAUGAUGAAGCCGCCGUCAACCCCCUCGUCCUCCACCCUGAUGAUUCUUCACUGGAAGGACCACCUUACCCUCACGGACAAGUUUGCUUUCGCCGACGCCCCCAACCACAACAAGAGACGAUGACGUCGGCCUCCUCGUCCUCCGGUGAUAAUUCUUCACGCCCGAAAGGACAAGUUUGAUUUCACCAACGCCCCCGCAACCACUUCGAGACGAUGAUGUCGGCCUCCUUGUCUUCCAUUGGUAGGACCAUGUUUCCCGAAAGGAGAUUUGACAAAAUGCGUGGAUGCAGCACUGAACACGUGGCCGGGGACAUUUGCAAUGUACUCAUGGGGAGACGGACUCGAGAGAACUUUUGGUUUUUGUUGACCUUUAUUUUGUUUACUGAAGGUGGCGAACUGGUGUACUCACACCCACAACUAAUGCAGUGCAUAUAGACACACAGCAUUAGUUGUGGGUGUCUGCAAACA